ACCUACUAGCAUAUCAUAACAGUGAGCCAACCAAAAGAAGCUAAAGAAUACGAGGUGUAGUGUAGUUUUAAGGUUACAAAUUUGCCAUCAUGCUAACUAAGAAAACAAUCCACAUGGUCAACAAAUCUAUGUCUUUUUAUCGACUUUCCACAGCUUCAUUCUCUACUGCUUAUGAACGUGCUGAAGGUAGUAAUGCGGUGGCAGAAGCAAAUAGUGAUGAUAGGAUGACGAUGGAGGGUAUAUACAAAGGGAAGGAAGAAGAUAGGGCUAUGACUAGUGAUCCAGCAAGAGAGGGUCCAAUAAAAGCAGAAGAAGAAGGAGACAUGGUGAGGGACACUGCUAAGGAUAGCAUGGAUGGAGCUUGGAUGGCAGCUCAAGAUGCCAAACAUAAGGGUAGUGAUAGAGAUCGUAGGGGAAUGAAUUGAAAAAGGAAAUUCAAGGUGAAAGGAACUGAUAAUUAAGGAGGAAUGCAUUAGAGCUAGUAGUUAGUGUUAAGUCAGUUCAUAUAUGCAACAAAAUCAUUUUAUAAUAAUAGUUUCUCUGUACCUUCUAGAGUGCAACAAUUGUGUAGCAACAAACAAACGACACUAAAAUUGAUUGAGAAUUUAUCCCAUAUUUCUAAGGUAUUCAAAUCUCACGUUUGAUGCA